AUGGUAAACAUCAUUGUGAUUGGUGCCGGGGUUGUAGGGCUAUCGUCAGCGGUCUCUAUCCAGCGGGCCUUGCCAGGGGCGACAGUGAAGGUGGUGGCCGACAAGUUCUAUGACGAAACCACAAGCUAUGGAGCGGGAGGAAUUUUCGAGCCUACCACAACAAACACCCCAGGGAUACCUUUUGAAACACUCAAACGAUGGAGUGAAACGUCUUGGAAAGCUUACUCCCGGAUGGCAACUUCCGACCUUGCCAGUAGUACCGGACACACAGUGUCACAUGGAUUCCUGUUUCAUACAACUAAGACCGAGAUACCCUUGUAUGCAGAUAUUGUGUUCUCAUUCCGACAAAUGCUAUCGGAAGAACUCAAGCGACUAGGAGUUGACACCAAAUUUAAAUAUGGAUAUGAGAUAACAACUAUCAUUACCAACAUGAGGAAAUAUCUAUCCUGGCUGAUGACGCAGUUCACAGAGAAUGGUGGUGUGGUAGAAAAAAGGAAAAUAGAAAGCUUAAGUAAAUUGUAUGGCCGUUGUGACGUGGUGGUCAACUGUUCCGGUCUUGGCAGUCGCCAGCUAUUUGGAGACAAGCUGAUAUAUCCAGUUCGUGGUCAACUCUUAAAGGUAAAGGCUCCCUGGGUGCGGGACUGGAUUGAUACAGACGCGUCGACCCACAUACUACCGAGUGAUGACUAUACUGUGCUCGGAGGUGUUAAGGAUAAAGACAACUGGUCCAUGACUCCAGAUCCUUCCGUUCGACAAGGAAUUCUGGACAGGUGUCUCCAAUUAUGGCCAGCGUUAAAGGGCGCAAAUGUAAUCGGGGAUUGGGUAGGCCUGAGACCGAUGCGGACCCCAAUCAGACUUGAGAAGGAGAUAGUUCGGCUACCUGAGGGAAUGUUGAAGGUUGUUCAUAACUACGGUCAUGGAGCCAAUGGCGUGACACUGAGCUGGGGAACAGCUGUGGAAGCCACUGAAAUGGUGAAGGAUUUUUUAUCAGAAAUACCACUACACAAACUCUAA